AUGGGCAAGUCAUCAAAGGAUAAGCGUGAUAUCUACUAUCGACUUGCAAAGGAGCAAAAUUGGCGUGCCCGUUCUGCCUUCAAGCUGAUUCAACUUGACGAAGAGUUCGACUUGUUCUCUUAUGAAGAUCCUGCGAAGUGCACACGUGUUGUUGACCUCUGCGCCGCCCCGGGAAGCUGGAGUCAGGUGCUUAGUCGAGUUCUGAUUAAAGGAGAAAGUUUUGGCCGACGGGCAUGGAUUGAAAAGCAGUCAAAAUUGUUUGGCAAACAAGAAGACCCUGCUCUUGACAAGCUCGAAAAGCUGUCAGUCUCCGAAGGAACAGGUUCUGUUGUAGCCGAAACGGGCAAGAGUUCAGCUGCAUCACAAGAUGAGAAGAUCCUACUACCAAGGGAGAAUGUCAAGAUUGUAGCUAUCGAUUUGCAGCCAAUGGCUGCUUUGGAAGGUAUCGUGAGCCUGAAAGCAGACAUCACCCAUCCGGCUACGGUGCCUCUACUCCUAAGAGCGCUUGAUCCUGAUUACGAAGAUGGGCCCAUGACGGAAACUCACCGAGUGGACCUCGUUAUUAGCGAUGGUGCACCAGACGUUACUGGCCUUCACGAUUUGGACAUCUAUGUGCAAUCUCAACUUCUCCACUCCGCCUUAACACUUGCGAUGAAAGUCUUGAAACCUGGCGGGAAGUUUGUGGCUAAGAUAUUCCGCGGCAGAAAUGUUGACCUCAUUUAUGCGCAGCUGAAGCUCGUGUUCACCAGGGUGCACGUUGCAAAGCCUAGGAGUAGUAGAGCCAGCAGCAUCGAAGCAUUUGUGGUCUGCGAGGGCUUCAAACCCAUCGCAGGCUGGACACCAGAAAUUGGUGCAUCUAUCAGAACCAAUAAGCCGGCAUCCACUACUACCAGUGGGAAACAGCGAAGACACGUUCGAGAGGAUGGUAUCACAGAGCUGGAAAUGGAGACAGCCUAUGAUUAUGCUGAGAGGUAUAUUGCUCCGUUCCUCGCUUGUGGCGAUUUAUCAGCUUGGGACGCAGACGCAAGCUACAAAUUGCCUGAAGGGCAUGUCAGCUUAGACCCGGUGCAGCCUCCGACCGCUCCGCCUUACAAGGCUGCUCUGGAAAAACGUCGAAUGGAUGGCGGGGCUUAUGGCAAGACGAAGAAAGCGGUGAAAGAUCCUAAGUCACAGUCCGGGGAUCCUUGA